UGUACUUGACUGGUGUGCAGAGGACAACAUGAACUCUACUCCGAAACGUACCCCUGUCUGCCGAAAGGCGGCAGUUGUUCCCAAACACGGAACUGCAUGUGGCUUGGGAAGUUCCACCAGGCCCAGGAGACUGUCCAUCUCAGAAUCGGUGGAUUUAACUCCGUUGCCUUCUGUCAAAGAACGUCUGGCCGUCCUCCACCCUUCUCGGGAGCUUCUGGAAUAUUAUCAGAGGAAAAUGGCUGAGUGUGAGGUAGAAAAUGAGCACCUGUUGAAGAAACUGGAGCUCUACAAGGAAUCCUGCGAAGUACAGCAUAAACUGGAAUGGGAUUUGCAGCAGAGAGAGGAGGAGAUGGCCGAGUUGCAGAAAGCGCUCAGCGAUAUGCAGGUCUGCCUCUUCCAGGAGCGAGAACACGUUUUGCGCCUCUACUCGGAAAAUGACCGACUGAGAAUCAGGGAGCUAGAAGAUAAGAAGAAGAUUCAGAAUCUCUUGGCUCUUGUGGGAACAGACACUGGAGAAGUGACCUAUUUUUGUAAGGAGCCUCCCCAUAAAGUCUGGAUUGCUCAAAAGACUGUCCCAUCUGUAGGUACAUCUGAACAGAAUGAGUCCUCAGCUCCAACAGAAGAUUCUAAAGUAAACCCCAAAAAGCCAACAAUAAAAAAAAAGAAAGAAAAUCCCGAGGCCCCCCGGAGAGAUAUACAAUUACUUAUCUUACAGGUGGAGGCCUUGCAGGCCCAGCUGGAGGAGCAGACCAAGCUUUCUAGAGAGCAGCUGGAAGGCCUGAUGGAGGAUAGACGCAUCCACAUUGAGGAGAUACAAGUUCACCAGCAGAGGAAUCAGGAAAGAAUCAAAGAACUCACCAAAAAUCUUCAUCACACCCAAGAACUGUUGUAUGAGAGCACGAAAGACUUUUUGCAACUCAGAUUUGAGAACCAAAACAAAGAGAAGUCGUGGAUGCUCGAAAGGGAUCAGUUGAUAUCAACAAUUAAACAAUACAAGGCACAGUCUAAGAAGAAAGAAGAGAAAGUUGGAAAAGUCCGGCCUGUUGAAAAGUCUGAGAGUCAUCCAAACCACAGUGAAUAUAUUAAGUCCCUGAAGGAAAAGAUCCUACAAGAGAAAAAGCUCUCCAACAUGUAUCAAGAGCAGUGCAUCUCCCUAGAAGAAGAACUCGCCCGAAUUCGUGAGGAAGAAGGAGCAAGGAGAGAGAUCUUUAAGGAUCGAAGCGUCAAGAUGGGGAAGCGUUUACAAACAAUGACCAAACGCUAUGAGGCCUUAGAGACUCGGCGGGUCUUGGAGGUCGAGGGCUUUAAGACGGACAUCAAGGCUCUGCAGAAGAAGCUGAAGGACUUGGAGCAGAUGCUCUAUAAGGUCUCACUUAAUGAACAGGCAAACAAGGAUCUUGCCAUUCUGUCUGAAAUGCGGGACAACAACAGACGGGCACAUAAGAUCCAAGGCGAACUGAAGAACCUCAAGUUCAAGUUAUUUGGUCUGGAGAACGAACUCAGACUCUGCUGAUACUCACUUUUACAAAGGACUCUCAUCUGGAAUAGGUCGGCUUCUGACACCUGCGAGAAAGUUGUUUUCCGCGUCUCCUGUCUGUUGUCGGAACUGGGUAAAGAGUGGCACAACGCAGAAAGCCUUUCUUGGACGCUAAACUCUUGUCAUUUUUGCUGUUCUGUCAACCUCUUUGUUGUGGUCAUGGAUCGUCUGACUCACAUCCGGAUUAUCACCUGAACUACUUCGUGAUUUUCUUACAUUAUCCCUCCCGUGUUAAUGAUCAUUUCGGUUUUAAGACAGCAAUGACAGCGAACACUUGGCAAGAAAGUAUUUUUGCUAUAAGCUUAGCUGAGUGUCACUGGGGAGGACAUUUUUCCUUAAAGAGCAAGACACAUCCAUUGAGGCUGCUUUUCUCAUCAGCUGCCGGAAAAGGCGGCAUUUUGUAACACAAGGGACUCCGCCCGCCAGGCAGUAAAUUCGGCUUUCUUCAGUCAUCUGAACCCAUCCCAAGAGGUGUCACCAGAGGGCACUAGAGACCCUGGUUUUAAGCUGAAUGUUCAUCUAGGGA